UCAAUUCCUGUUGAGAAAAACAUAUAUCACUGAGCAAACAGACACAAAUGAGGAUUUUUCAAAGCUGCACCGGUUCGACCCGGUCGUUAAGCUCCUAAAAUUUCAAUUUCACAACCAAAUUAAUCAAAUAUAAUUUUGCGCUGAACACAAAUUUUGUACUUUGCAUUUGCAUUUUUUAGAUCCUUAGUUAAUAAUACUACAAAGUCAAUUAAAAUGGAGGAUCUCGGCAUCGAAGCCAAAGAAGCCGCCGUGCGUGAGGUGGCGAAGCUGUUACCGCUGCCUGACCUUCUGCAAUCCAUUGCCUCCAUCAAAGCUGAUUACAUUACGCGCCAACAGGCAAAUGAUGCGCAACUUAGUACAAUGGUGGCAGAGCAGGUUGAACAAGCACAAACUGGUUUGGAAGCACUUAGCUUGUCGCAGAAGACAAUAAACGAGCUUCGUGAAAAUUUUAUCUCAAUUGAAAAGUUGUGCCAAGAAUGUCAGAAUUUGAUUGAAAAUCAUGAUCAGAUUAAGCUCCUUAGCAAUGCAAGGAAUAACCUAAAUACAACGUUAAAGGAUGUUGAGGGAAUGAUGUCCAUAUCUGUUGAAGCAGCUGAGGCACGAAAUUCUUUGAGUGAUGAUAAAGAGAUUGUUAAUACUUAUGAGAGGUUAACAGCACUUGAUGGAAAGCGAAGGUUUGCGUUAGCAGCUGCAGGAUCUCACAAAGAAGAAGUUGGCAGAUUAAGGGAAUAUUUUGAAGAUGUUGACCAAACGUGGGAGACCUUUGAGAAGACAUUAUGGGGUCAUAUCUCUAACUUCUACAAACUUUCAAAAGAAAGCCCACAAACCCUGGUUCGUGCUUUGAGGGUGGUUGAAAUGCAAGAGAUCCUUGAUCAACAAGUUGCUGAGGAGGCUGCUGAGGCUGAGGGAGGUGGUGCGAUGGCAACAAUUGCGAAUCCGCAUAGAUCUGCCAACAAAAAGUCUACUUCUGCAAUGGCUUCUUCCAAAAACCUUGCACAACAAAAGUUAAAGGCUCAAGGAAAGGGGUAUAAGGAUAAAUGCUAUGAGCAAAUCAGGAAGUCAGUUGAAACACGGUUUAAUAAGCUACUCACAGAGCUUGUCUUUGAAGAUCUCAAAGCUGCUUUAGAAGAAGCCCGUACGAUUGGAGAAGAGCUUGGAGACAUUUAUGACUAUGUGGCCCCAUGUUUUCCUCCAAGAUAUGAAAUUUUCCAACUGAUGGUAAAUCUGUAUACUGAGAGGUUUAUUCAGAUGCUCAGAUUGCUCAGCGACAGGGCCAAUGAACUAUCAAAUAUAGAGAUUUUAAAGGUAACUGGUUGGGUAGUUGAAUACCAAGAUAAUCUGAUUGGGCUUGGUGUUGAUGAGUCUCUGGCUCAAGUCUGUUCAGAGAGCGGUGCUAUGGAUCCCCUCAUGAACUCAUAUGUUGAGAGAAUGCAAGCUACAACAAGGAAAUGGUACUUGAAUAUCCUGGAAGCUGAUAAGGUACAGCCACCAAAGAAAACAGAGGAUGGAAAGCUGUACACACCAGCUGCUGUUGAUCUUUUCAGGAUCCUUGGGGAGCAAGUUCAAAUUGUUAGGGAAAAUAGCACCGAUGUCAUGCUAUACAGGAUUUCCUUGGCUAUUAUUCAGGUGAUGAUAGAUUUCCAAGCAGCUGAAAGGAAGAGGCUUGAGGAACCUGCUUCUGAUAUUGGUCUGGAACCUUUAUGUGCAAUGAUAAACAACAAUCUGCGCUGUUAUGAGCUUGCAAUGGAGCUGAGCAGCAGCACCAUUGAAACACUUCCUCAAAAUUAUGCUGAGCAGGUUAAUUUUGAAGAUACUUGCAAAGGUUUCCUUGAGGUUGCAAAGGAAGCUGUGCAUCUAACUGUUAGGGUUAUCUUUGAAGAUCCUGGAGUGCAGGAGUUGCUUGUCAAGCUUUAUCAUAAAGAAUGGUGUGAAGGACAGGUUACAGAGUAUCUCGUAGCAACAUUUGGUGAUUAUUUUACAGAUGUCAAGAUGUAUAUCGAAGAAAGAUCAUUUAGGAGAUUUGUUGAAGCUUGCCUGGAAGAAACAGUAGUGGUUUACAUUGAUCAUCUUCUGACGCAGAGAAACUACGUCAAGGAAGAAACUAUAGAAAGGAUGAGGCUUGAUGAAGAGGUUAUUAUGGACUUUUUCAGGGAGUACAUAAGCGUCACUAAAGUAGAGAGUAGAAUCAGGAUACUGAGCGAUUUAAGAGAACUUGCUUCGGCAGAGAGCUUGGAUACCUUCACACUCAUCUAUACAAAUAUUCUUGAACACCAACCUGACUGUCCGCCUGAAGUGGUUGAGAAGCUUGUUGGACUGCGAGAAGGCAUACCACGAAAGGAUGCAAAAGAGGUUGUACAAGAGUGCAAGGAAAUUUAUGAGAAUUCUCUUGUGGAUGGAAAUCCCCCAAAGGCUGGCUUCGUUUUCCCAAAGGUCAAGUCAUUAUCAGCUUCCAAAGGAUCUCUCUGGCGAAAAUCAAUACUGUAGUAAGUCCUUAUCAGCUUCAAAAGAAUCCCUCUGCAUGUAGUUCAAUUACCGAACCAAUUACAUGGAUUACGAGUGUAAAUUUUUGGCUGUACUCAAUCCAUGAUGUGAUACAUCGAUGUGUUUUCUUUUAUGAUUAUUGCUGCUGUUCAUAUUAA